UCGUUUCCCAACCCUUCCCAUAAAACCCAAAUAUCUCACCUCUCUCUGAUGCACUUUUCCCUUUGUUUCUUCCUCCUUAUUCAUUCUCUCCCUUCCCCAUCUUAUUUUGUAUACUCCAUAAGGAUUAAAAAACAAACAUGUACCAUGACCACCAUCUUCCUUGUUUGUAUUGCCAUCCACAGAGCUACAUCAGGAUGGUACAACACUUGAUAGAGAGAUGCUUGCUCUUGCAUAUGAGCCGAGAUGACUGCAUCGAAGCGCUGGCGGAGCACGCAAGCAUCCGACCGCUCGUCACGCUUACAGUGUGGAGGGAACUGCUCAAAGAGAACAGGGGCUUUUUUAAAGCUUAUUUCCAGGCACUUUCCACAAGGCCUUUCACUUAUAGACCAGCUCAAAGGGUGUCAAGAUUUAGAAGAAGGAAGCUGUGGAAGUGAAGGCUAGCUGUCUUAUUAACGUGGAGUUAUAUCUUAGAUAUCAUAUGUAUAUUGUUAGAAGAGAGGUUUGGUAAUUCCACACGCAGGCACACGUGUUACUAUGUGGCACGUGUGUUAGAUCUGAGCUUUAUAUAAUGUGACUUCCUAAUAUGUUUGGAUCUUUUGGCUUAAAAAUUAGGCCAUUUCACACCUCAUGAUAUGCCACUUGUCUUGUUUUAUAGGCAGUAAGAUCUAAGCAUUACUUCCAACCUUGUGGACAGCUCGGAUCUUGCACACAUGUUUCACAUUUACACGUGUGGCUACGCGUGGAUGCAUAUACCUGUGUUGAAUUAGCAAACCUCAAUAUAUGACACGUGUGUAUUGAGGGGAUAUAUUUGGCUGUAGAGUUUUUUUUAGCCCAUGUAGGUACUUUCGAUGCCCUUGGAUAAAAGUACCGUUGGAUCCGGCAUGUAACUUCCAAGGCACAUGUAUGGUUUCAAAUUUCAUUGUGCAUGCAGGCUAACGUAUAUGGUAAUUACCAUACAUUUGAGUUGUGUA